AUGCAGUCAAAUCUCAGAGCCCAGGCUGAGAUUCAGGCCCAGAGGAAGAAGCAGCUUGCGAAUUCGUAUAAGCAGUUACUCGAUGAGUUCGCCGCGACCGACCUCAAGACCGUCGGCAACUAUACACUGGGGAAACUUAUAGGCAAGGGGAGUUUUGGCAAGGUCUACUUGGCAUCGCACAAACUCAGCAAUGGCUCAAAGGUCGUGCUCAAGAGCGCGAAGAAGGACGACGCCAAUCUCGCGCGCGAAAUCCAUCACCACCGCCAAUUCAUACACCCACACAUCGCCCGCCUGUACGAGGUCAUAGUGACCGAGGAGCUGGUCUGGCUGGUACUCGAGUACUGUCAGGGCGAUGAACUCUACAACUACCUCCUAGCCAAGGGCGCGCUCGAACCCUCCAGAGUCCAGAAAAUAUUCACGCAGCUCGUCGGUGCCGUGUCGUACGUACACAACAAGUCCUGCGUCCACCGCGACCUUAAACUCGAGAAUAUACUGUUAGACAAACAUGGCGAUGUCAAGUUGGUCGACUUUGGAUUCACACGCGAGUACGAGGGCAAGUCCAACUACCUGCAGACAUGGUGUGGAACCAUCUGUUACAGCGCGCCGGAGAUGCUCAAGGGCGAGAAAUACGCGGGUGAAAAGGUGGAUGUUUGGAGUUUGGGUAUCAUCCUCUAUGCGCUUUUGGUCGGCGAGCUACCUUUCGAUGAGGACGACGAGAUGGUUACGAAGAACAAGAUACUAAAAGAGGAACCAAAGUACCCGGAACACUUUCCACAGCAAGCAAAGGAGUUGUGCUCGUCGCUACUUUCAAAACGGCCGAUCUUGAGACCUACAUUGGCGGAUAUACUACAAAACCCUUGGUUGUCGGAACACGCGCCUCGCCAGCAGGAGAUUUUGAAGCUGCAGCAGCCGGCGCCAUUCUCGACCGAAUUGGAGAAGGAGGUGUUGCACCGUAUGCGUGCUGCUGGUGUGGAUAUUGACAUGGUGAUUGAGAACGUGCUGGCCCAACGAUGCGACUCAUUGGCUGGCUGGUGGGCAUUGCUACUAGAAAAGGAAGAACGCAAGGCGAAAAGAAGAGAGCGCAAACGCAAAGAAAAGGAAGCAGAGGCUAAGAGCCUCAGACGAUUGAGUGCUGCCAGUAGCCGGCUUGACAAACUUGCGCCUACCAUCAGAGAGUCGGACGAAGAGGGCAUACAUGCUCCAACCACACCGAAGAGUCGCGGCAGGACUAUCAACCGAAGCAGCUUGCAUGGUGCUCCCGAGCUUCCAAAACUGCCGGAAUCAAUGACCUCUCCCAACCUUACCGUAGACGACAAGCCGCUGCCACCAAUCGAUACCCAUCGAGGUCGAAAAUCUCACUCUUCUUCACGUCCACCACUACCCGCGAAAGAUCUGGAUCGGCGGCGAUCUCGCAGUAGCAUGCUACAAGUUGUGUCCACAAACCCCGACCUUCUCUCUCCAAAUGGCUUCGUGCCCAAGCGGCGCCGGAAGCAGCCGUUCAUCAACCACCUUUUGUCACUCAGGAAUUGGAUAAAAGAAACGUCAAAACGAGCACGGUCGCCAGGUUCAAAGGCUAGCAGUGGACAGUCCCCAAAGAUACCUCCAAGCACGUCUUCAGAUUCAAGACGAAGGCAAAGUACAGCGAACCGUUCUUCUGUGCAUACAAAUCCCAAGUCUCCGCCAAUGCCACACACACCAGGUCCCCGACCCCGAGGUUCAACUCACGGCUCAGGCUCCAUGAGAAGGCUCUCGGCAUCCCCUGCCCCACUGACACCGCGAUCCUCGUAUCGUCGUUCUUCUGGUGGUCUCCGAGGCCGGAAAUCUACUUCCUCAUCUGUGUCUUCGAUCCGCAGUAUGCCACACCACCACCAUUCGCACUCGAAAGCUUCAUCCACAUCCUCUGCCUCACUUGUCUCUCCCGCUGUUUCUGUAAGCGGCCACUCACACAAGCCCUCCAAGUCCCCCCACAACAGCAUCAAAGUCCUCCCUGCGACUCCAACUUCCUCAAGCUUCCCUUCCAACAUUCGCCUUGUACGUUCUGGCUUCCCACCCGGCCUUAACGAGUCCAGCGCCGCUUUUGGAAACGGAAAUAGCAUUCCUCCACAAUCACCUGGUCUCAUCUUUGCAAAGAGGAAGAGGAGCCCUUUCAAAGGACCCAUGCUUAAUGUCAAUACCGGUGUUCUGAAUGGUGGCCAUGCAAACGGUGGCGCAUGGAGGAGCAGAAGCGGAGAUAGCGGCAUGGGUAGUAGAGGGACGAGUGUACAAGGACGUAGGAGUGGAGAGAUAUUGGGCAUCACAGAAGAAGAUGAGGAGGAAGAGGAAGAAGUUGAGGAGGUGGAGACAUUUGGAGGAAAAUUGGGCGAAGGCGAGUUUGUUGAAGAAGAAGGUCCUGCGCAGUUGACCCUACCUCAAGAGGAAUUCAAAGAGAAGGCUUGA